AUGCCGGUCCUUGUCUCCCAGCCCAGCUCUCCUCCUCCCUACCUGCUUCUGACUCUACUACUGGGACUCACAGGAGUGGCGAGUCAGAAUGGGGAACUGCAGGUGAUCCAACCAGAGAAGUCCGUGACCUUCACAGCGGGAGAGACGGCCACUCUGCACUGCCAUGUGAUUUCGAACCAAAGGGGGCCGCCUGCCACAUGGUACAAGGAUACUGAGAAGGGCCGGAAAUUAAUCUACAACUUCCAAGGAGGUCACUUUCCCCGAGUGACAAACGCUUCGGAUGUCACAAAGAAAGGCAACGUAGACUUCUCCAUCCACAUCCAUAACAUCACACUCGCAGAUGCUGGCACCUACAUUUGCAUGAAGUUCCACGUACGGCCUCCUUUAAUCUUUGAGCCAAAGUUAGGACAAGGCACCCUGGUCACUGUGAGAGCCAAACCUUCUCAUCCAGAGGUCUUAAACCCUACAAAGAGGGUCCCACGUGGGCAUACAGUGAACUUCACCUGCAAGUCCGAUGGCUUUUUCCCCAGAGACAUCAGUCUGCGGUGGUUCAAAAAUAGGAACACACUCUCGGCCUCCCAUACUAGUGUGGACCCCCAGAGGGAGAGCACCUCCUACAGCAUCUCCAGCACAGCCAGGGUGCCACUGACCUCAGGGGACGUGCACUCCCAGGUCAUCUGUGAGGUCACCCACAUCCUCCUGCGUGGGGGCCCUCCUCUCCGAGCGAUGGUCAGCUUGUCUGAGAUCAUCCGAGUUCCACCCACGCUGGAGGUCUCCCUGUUCCCUGCAGUGGGCAACCAGGUGAACCUCACCUGCCAAGUGAAGAAGUUCUACCCCCAGAACCUACAGCUGACCUGGCUGGAGAAUGGAAACAUGUCCCGGGCAGAAAUGGUCUCCCUCCUCCUAGAGAACAAGGACGGGAUCUUUAAUCAGACCGGCUGGCUCCUGGUAAACUACUCUGCCAGUAAGAACAUGGCCUUCACCUGCCAGGUGGAGCACGAUAGGCAGCCAGUGCUCACCAAAUCACACACCCUGGGCUCAAAUGAACAACCUGCGGAUGUCAAAAACAAUUCAGAGAUGUGUAAACCAGCCCGCGGCGGCGGCGGCGGCAGCAGUGGCUGGACCACCCUGGUGCGGGAGUAG